AUAAAAAUUCCUGAAUCCCCGGAAUGGGGUGGCAUAUUUCGUGCGAACGUUGCGUUUAACGUAUGGAAUCGCGCGCGAUAAAUAUCUUUGCAAUAUCUACAGAAACAUGGUAUGUGUUUCUGCGGCUUGCCAAAAAUAUCGUAAAAUUACGUAACGCGUGACUAGACCGGUAACGCAGGACAUUAAUGCUCUUUAACGUUUUUUUACGACAAAACUAUUAUACAUUUCUGGUUAAGAGCGCGCGUUCCUCCGCGAUAAAUAGCACCGCGAUACCGAUCAAUUUUGCAAUCGAAUCCGAAACCUAGAAGGUUAAAGCAAAAUAUACCUGAAGAUCAAAUAAAUCGAUAUAUCUAGAGAGAAGAGUGAGGAUAUUUUUAUCUUUUGGAUAUUAAUAUUUAUGAAGAUGCACGAAGUCAAGGUACAGGAGGUCCUCCAGGACGAGCAGUGCUUCGAAAUAAUUCGCAAGAAGCUGCGACAGGAUGCGAUUGACGACUUCUCUCUAAUCAACUACGAGAUCGUGCCGAUUAAUGAGGUAAACGGCUUUAUGGGUCAAUACUUUACCUUGAAAGCCACCGUGGCUUGUCCAAAGUCGCCGCUAGAAACGAAGAGCAUCAAUUUCUUCACGAAAAUACCUCCACCGAUCAGCAGUCCGCUGUACGACUUUGCUCAGGAGUACGGUACGUUCAAGAAGGAAGUGGCUCUCUAUACCACCGUAUUUCCGGAGAUACUGAACGGUCUCGACAAGAGAUGCAUCCCGGAAUGCUUCCUCGGGAUCGAGAACGAUGUAAUCGUUCUCGAGGACAUGGCUCACAGCGGUUAUACGAUGACUGAUAAGUCCACGCCUUUCGACUUGGAGCACUGCGAAAUCCUGAUGAAGACCCUCGCCAAGUUCCACGCAAAGUCCUUCAUCUUUGAACAACAGUACAAGAAAACCUUGCAUGAUGAAUUCGCCCACUGCAUGCAGGAAACUCUCUGGCCUGCGGAUGCCAGAGCAAAAUCGAUGUUCGACGCCGCCGUAAAAGGCAUCGUCUCGAUGAUCGAUUUACUGCCUGGAUUGAACGACGAUCAACGCGAUAAUUUCAAGGAAAAGCUCGUGAAACUAUGCGCGGAUCACAUGGGCAACCUGUCACCAUCGGCGAAGCACAAGAAUGUGCUAUGCCACGGUGAUCUAUGGGCGAACAAUAUAUUAUUUAAAUACAAUACCGAUAAGAAACCUAUUGAAUGCUGCCUCGUCGAUUUCCAACUGGUAAGGUACAAUCCACCAGCACACGAUAUAUUGUGCUUUCUUCAAUUCACGACAACGCGAAAGCUACGAGAUAAACAUGAUGAAUCGCUUUUUAGAACCUAUUACGAUUCCAUGACGAUCGUCAUGAAGGAAGCUGGUCUGAGCAUAUCAGAAAUCUUUCCUUGGGACGAAUUCAUGGAAUCUAUCCGAGAUUUACGCAUUACAUGCAUCAUUCACGGUAUUCUCAAUACACCGAUCAUGCUGCUAGAACCUGACGCGGUCACUAAAUAUUUUUGCGAGAAACUGGAGCUCCUCGAGAACUUUCUCUUUGUUGAUAGAACGCCAUUCAUUUGCGGACAAUUUAAGGAAGCACCGGAAUAUCGUGCCCGAAUGAUAGACGGCUUGUUAGAGUUGUACGAUUACAUAAUCGAUUACAAUCACGCGACGCAAAAUCGAACCGUAACGAGACAGUAAGAUACUUUGUCGUCAAAUAUUGUCACCGAGUUUGUGACAAGUUGCAGAGUUGAUAUAAUUUAAGUUCGAUCAAGGUCUUGAUACCAGUAGUUCUUCAAUAAUGAUGUAAAUUUGUAUCUUUUGUCGUCAGUAUUUCGAACAAGUAUGAUAAACUAUUAUGUGAUAUAGGAUGGUAUGUAUGCAAUACAAAUGCAAUCAUUAUGCUUAAUUUUCGACAAUAGAAUACUUAUUUCUUUGAAUAUGUCAAAAUUAUAAUAAUUAUAUAUAAGUCGUAUAAUUAAUUAUGCAGAAAUUAUAUGACAAUUUUAUAGAAGAACAUUGUCGAAAUAUGUUUACGUGUGAUAACUAGCUUUUUUCAUAGCUGAUAACACAGCUGUUGAUUUAAGUUAAUGAUUUUUAUAUGGAUGUGAUAAUAUAAACAUUCUUCAGAAUCUAUCUAAUCUUACAUUGUAAGAUAAUCUAUUUGUAGUACAAUAUUUAAAAACCUUUCUAGCAUUAUGUAUUAUUAAAGAGAGAGAAGUUUCGAGAUAUACUUAUACUUUAUUAAAAAAUUAAUGCAAGAAUCUAUGUAUAGUUAAAGGAGCUUAAAUUAUAUAUAUGUAUAUAAGUACGUGAAAUAAUAUGGAUUUAUGAAAUAUGUUGAGAAAAUCAUUGAUAAUUCAAAAUAACACGAGUUAUUAAUAAGUUUACAUAAUUCUGUUACAUGAGUAUUUAUUUUGAAUAUAAAAUGAUGUAAUAAUUAAUAGUUAUUAUAUACUAGUAAUUUUUGUUUAUAUGUAGUAAUAACUUUUUGUAAUAAUGCGCUCUAUAUAUAAUUAAGGAAUUUUUUUAAAUAGAUUCUAGUAACAAUAAGUUAAAUAUAUCUUUAAUAGCGGCUUAUUAUGUUUCUUCCUUCUUUAAAAAGUCUUGUUUAUUUUAAUUAUUAUCUUAUCGAUCACAAACAAGGUAUAUACAUAUAUUCACAUACUCUUAAAUGUAGACAAAUUAGAUUGCACGUGAUAUUAACAAUACUGUGAUAUUUCUAAAAUAUAAUUGUGCGAUUGUUAAUGACUGUAGAAUAGUAUUAAGUUCUUAAUAUAAAUAGUUAAUAGACAUGAAA